AUGUCUAUGUCCGUACUAGACCAUGUAGACGGUUCUGCACAAUAUGAUACUUCCACGGUAUCUGUUCUUUGUUCAGUAACAGGCCCUAUUGAACCAAAAGCAAGGCAAGAAAUUUCACAGCAUAUUUCACUAGAAAUUAUCGUAAGGCCGGUGACAGGUCCUCCAUGUAACCGUGAAAAGUUUCUAGAGGAUAAGAUUAGGUCAGUAAUAAUGCCAGUUGUUGAAGCUCAUUUACAUCCUCGUCAGUUGUGUCAAAUAACCUUCCAAGUUUUGAAAUCUGUUGGUCAUCAUGAACAUUUAGAGCUAGCCGCAUCACUUAAUGCUGCGUAUUUGGCUUUAAUAGAUGCUGCUAUUCCUCUGAAAGCAUCGUUUUCUGCGGUUUCUAUUGCUGUUAAUGCUGCGGGAGAAAAUUUUGUAAAUCCAGAUACAACUCAACUAGAAAGCGCUACUAGCGUAUUUACUAUAGCAUUCCAAGUUGAAUCUGAUAGCAUCUCGCUACUACUGCUAGAUAGUAGUGGCUCUUUCACUGAGAAGGUUAUGUUUCAUGUAUUAGAGCUGGCGGAGCAAGAAUGUGUUAAACAAUCAAAGUAUUUUAGAGGUUCAAUAAAGACCAAGAUAGAGAAGGAUUUCAUCUGGAAGCAACGGUGA